AUGGGAACAUCACCUAAGGAAGUUGGUAGUGGAAAAGAAGAAGGUAUUGGUCAUCCUAUAUGGGAUUGUGGAAGCCUCUUAUAUGACUCACAUGAAUUGGUCUCAAUUGUUCAUGCAAUUGAGAGGCACAUGAUGUUGUGGCCCAAUCACGGUGAUUCAAAGCCCAUCGUAGCCCAAUACUAUGAUCCAGAGGAAGUAACUUCAAUCCAAAAUGUCUCCAAAGGUUCUUCUUCAAUUGUAACUAGCUCAAGUGAAAUAUUCAUGAAGAGUAUGUGGCAAAGGAAGUUCACUCGACAAGGGGUCAAAAAGAAGAACAAGAAAACCAAAUCUCGGUUUUCUAAAUUGGUUUGCGGUGAAAAUUUGUUUCAGUCAUUUAAUGGACUAUGA